UCUUAGUAAGAAUGGAAACAGAUUUGCUUCGUGUUUUAACAACAAAGAGUAAAAUGCUAACAAUAAGGAUCACCGGAGAAACAAGUCAACGCUUCAAAAGUUUGUUUUAUUUGCAAAAUUUCUUUGACAAUGGCACCUGUGAAGCCGACAACUCUAGGCUACAAAAAUAACUGGCUUUCGUAUUUGUAUUGGUUCCAGCCUGUAUUAAAAAUAAGGUAAUUUAAGCGAUUAGAAAUUCAGGAGGCAAGAAAGUUAAGCUAUUCACCACCCAAAAACCGGUGCUGAAGUUCGCUGAAAUCAGUUUUGCCCAGGAAGGAGUUGCUUGUACUCCUAGCCAAGGUGAAGUGUUAAAUCUUCUCUGAUCCCUCUUCUACGAAUAAAAACUAAACGAAAUUAUCAAUAUCGAAAGUGCUAGAGGCCUUCCACGGACAAAAGCGGCCAAACCCAUCGAUUGAGAAGGGUUUGGAGUAUGCCUUUUGUCGAACAGCUAACAAACACCUCCACACCUGUCUCGUUUCAAAUCUAUUCAAGUUAAGCAGUGACGUCAUUCAGCACAGAGGUAAACUGGCUUGUGGCAUAUUAUUAAUGCGUGUGAAGUGAAUCAGUGAGUCGCUGAAGCCAAGGAAUACUCUCCUAAAGGUUCACUUGCCUACAAACAAUGGUCGUUCAACAGUGUUUGGCCUGUAAUUCAGUGACUGACUCGGGUACAACAUGUGUAUGUGGUCACGUGUUCGAGAACUCGAAACAGAUUGGCGGAAAGAGGUUUUCAGAGUAUCGAGCUGAACUGUAUUCUCGUUUGGAAAAGAGGAGAAUGAGGAAACUUACGCGGGAAAACAGAAAAGCAGGAAGCGACAAACAACGAUCGCAACCACUAAAAGAACGCAAGACCAAUACUACAAAUGAAACUUGCGUGAUUCGCUCAUCCUUCAAACCCAGGACUCACACGGCAUCUGCGAGAUCAAAAGCAUUCAACCGCAAGAUAAAAACCAAAACAUUUUCACGGCCAGGGGCAGACUCUGUACCAAGCAAGACUGCCGUGCCGCCAGAACUAGUGUCCAGGCUUCCAAGUGCUCUACAGGAAAUAAACCGAAGAUUGACAGGACAGAACUUGAUGUGGUGGACGACACACUGGUUACAGUAAAGAAGCAUCUCUAGGCCUUUGUACAUUUUGAAUAUUGAGUAUUUUAACUUGGUUCUGAACUUCAGCUCUGUAUCGUACAAAGAGCGUCGAUAGAGCCUCGAAAUGCCACUAUUAGCAUUCAUUCAGUGUCUUCAUCAGUUCAGAAUCGUUGAUUACUCAGUUACAUUGGCGGUGUAUUUUAAAUUAGUGUGAAGGGUUUAUGGAUGUAUAUAUUUUUCUAAGUCAACACAGAAUAUAUAAUGUUAUCUUUCCUCUAAAAUCAUAAAUGCCAAGGAUUUUUAACUUAUGAGAAACGGAGGGUUGGUCCUCUAAAACAAAAAGGUUGUUUUCUUUCUCUAUCUUUUGAAAUGCUAAGCAUUUUCCUUUAUCUAUGAACUUGACCUUGUUAGAAGGUUUAUCAACCUGUAACCGAAGAUAAAAAAAAUAUUCACAUGUCGUACGUGUUAAUGUAUUUGACAAACUGUAAAUAAAUUUUUGUUUCCUUCCAAAA